AUGAAGCAAACAACAACAAUUAUUCUGGUUGUUUUAUCAACACUACAUCAAUACCAAUCCGCAAAACUACCAACAAAUUUCAAAAAAUGUGACAAAGGAAAGCCCAAUUUCGACAAAUGUUUGUCGUCAGCAAUCCAAGACGCCAUAAAAUACUUGAACAAACCUCUGGCUGAAUACGGUUUAGUCAGUUUGGACCCUUAUGUGACACCCAAUGAAAGAACAUUUGUGUUUGGAGAAGAGAUAACGGGCCUGCGACAAAAAUUCAGCAAAUUCAAAAUUUCUGGUUUCACAGACAUCAAAAGUACUGACGCCAGAAUGGACUUUGCGCAUAAAAUUUUAUAUCUCGAUCUUGUUGUACCUAAGUUGGUGUGCAGCUUUGAGUAUGAAGCUCAGGGAAGGAUGGUUUUGGUGCCUGUGGACGUUGUCAGUGCAGCAGCUGCCACUCUCAAUUCGACGACUUUUAAAAUGCCGUUCCCUCUACAAGAAUUCAAACAAGGAAAUGACAUACACUAUAAGGUAACGGGGAGCAAAAUGUUAUUUGUUCCCACAUCAGUCCACUACGACUUUAAGAAAAUUGUUGGAAACGAAGACAUAGAUAAAGGAUUGAAUGCCCUAAUGGAUAAAAACUGGUUAAAUAUUGCGAUAUUUUGGCAACGGCUGUUCCCCGGGAUGUUUAUUCGAAGUUUUGAAAAACUAUUUAAUAAUCUGUUGGAAAAAGUGCCUGUGGUUGACUUGUUCGAUGGGCUCUAGUCCAACAAGGUGGAAUUGCACAUUUUCAAUUGUCCAUUGUACAACUUUUUUGUUUAACUUAAGUAUUUUUUUGUUA